CAAUGGAUGUCCUAGCCAUUCUCGAAGAUCUUGCGAGCGCCAGCAUUGCUCAAGAGGAAAACCAAUUUUCGAAAGAGGAUAUAGAUCGCUGGUCGCGGUUGUUCGCCCUGACAUACGACGAAGCCCUGGAAGCCAUGGAAUCACACUUUUCAAACCUUUCACGAAUCCAGAUUUCAGACUCGCAAUGGGGCAUCCUCAAGGACUCUGUCGGGGUAUCCGAGCACGAUAAGGAGAGCUAUUCGUACCUCCUGGGUCUUUCGAAGGCCCCGAAGAAGCCAAAAAGCACGGCACAGACCCAGUCGUGUUCUGCGACGAAAACUGAAUACGUUUUCAAACUGACACCGCCCUUUGAUACGGCGCUGGUGAUACAGCAAGCUGCCCGCUUGCCUCACCUACCCCGACUACUCAACAACGAGGAGACCAAUGAGCAAACAUAUGUCGUUGUGGACGGGGAUACGCGAUCAAUGCUUGAAAGUUUGGUCCCAAACACGCGUCUCACCUUCGCUGCGCUCAAGAGACCAGCAGAGAAGAGCCUUUCGUCACACUGUAUUGCCCCAGCCCUCGGUAUCGAUGCAACGUUGCCUCAACACCGCGGCGUUGUUAGUAUACUUGGCCAAGAUGAGUAUCCCGUGCCGUACUUCUUCUACGGCACUCUGGCAGAUCCAGAGGUUCUGACUCGUCUUCUUUCGUUGGACGACGAACCAAUUCUUCGACGUGCAGAGGCACAGCGUGGCAGAUUGGGAAUGUGGGGUGGGAAUUAUAGGGCGCUGGUAGACGGCCAGGACAAAGAUAGGGUUGACGGUUGGAUGUAUCUGGUGGAAAGUAGAGAUGCUGAAGACUGCUUGCGGCACUAUGAGGGUCAGAAUUACGAAGUGGUGAGGUGCACAAUGUCUGUUUCCGGAGACUUAGUAAAGGGUUUGACGUUUAGAUUCUGUGGGGAUAGCAGAGUGCUAUAAUGCCCGCUGUCGAAGGGUACAUAGUCGUGGUGGAAGGAGCGACGUCAGACUGUCACUUUCCUUGUACUAUUGACUACGUAAUUCAUAGCACAUCAUACGUCACCAUAAUUUUACACGUUCAGUACUAGAUACUUCAAUUUCCCGAGUUUUAGCUACUGUCAUCGCCGCUCGGCUACUUACUGAUGAAGAACUAUCUUGCAACGUCUUCGACCAAAACUCCGACGAGAAGCCAGAUUAUUCCAAGUGGCAUACUACCACUGAUCAGUCUAUCUCGCGGAGCCACGUUGGUCAGGGGUGCGAUUCCAUACAAAUUUUGCCAGUGCGGCGGAUUACGCUAGCGAUCUGAAUCGUCUGCUCGCAGUUGUGGAAAAGGUAAGAUAGACAACUGGAGUGUUUGAAACACCAAGCGCUUUGUUGCGGAGAUGGCGAGGAAGGUAUUCUCUGGAGGCGAGUUUGCGUACAUGUUCGACCAAUCGAAACAAGACACGUGGGGCCAGGGCGCUCCGCGGCUACAUUUGAGAUUUGUGAUCCAAAAUCUGGUCUCUCAUCAUU